AUGUUAAGCAUGUCCUUGAACACAGAUGCCCCUGUGGCCAUCGCCGUGGCCGUGAUAGCGGCGUCCGCCGUGCUGCUCCUGGCCAGACGCGCAGGGCGGAGGAGGAAGGGCCGCGUCACUUUGCGGGACCCGCACGCGAACGCGCUGGCGCUGCUGGAGAAAGAGGAAAUUAGUCACAAUACUAAGAAAUUCCGGUUUAGGCUACCUUCACUAGAUAAUGUAUUAGGAUUGCCUGUAGGCCAACUUGUUUACCUUUCUGCAAAAAUCAAUGGUAAUCUGGUGAUCUGAGCCUAUACCCGUGAUGAGACAAAAGGUUGUGUUGAUUUAAUUAUAAAGGUCUACUACAAAAAUGUGAAUCCCAAAUUUCCAGAAGGUGGGAAGGUGUCCCAGUACUUAGAUAACAUGAAGAUUGGGGAUGUUAUUGACUUCAGAGGGCCAAAUGGACUCCUUGUCUAUAAAGGGGCAGGUACUGUACGUUUUUUUUUAAUCAAGCCUGAUAAGAAGUCUGAAGCACAAAAGAUGUUUGUAAAACGUCUUGGGAUGAUAGCUGGAGAAACAGGUUAAAAGCACUAUGGGCUGGUGUUGCACUGUAUUGGAAGGAGAAGCAGAA